UUGAUCUAACAUCUCUGCGAAUUCACAUCGUACACUGAGAGAUAGAACUUACGAACAAUUAACAAGUUCUGUGAAUUAUUAAUCAUUUAGUAUCGGCUCAGCAUCGGCUCAGUGUUGGCUGUCGGCGGAUAGACUUCAAUUGGAACAAGAUUGCGCGUCGAUUCCAAACACAAUUCACAGAUGUCUCUUCAACACUAUCUGAUACAACAGUUCACGAGCUGGAAGCCACCAGCGCCAGAAGUAUUGAACAGAAGCAAGGGCGAUAUUACACUAUGCUGGGACAAGCUCGAGCCAUUUCAAUUUCUGACUAAAUAUUUCCUCUACAGAGUGGAAAAGAAUAACAAGAUCCCGAAAUGGACUGUUGUGUACAGCGGCGGUAAAUCAACCAAAACUAUAGAGAACUUGGCUCCAAGACAUCCUCAUAAGUUUAGAAUAAAAGUUAUAAUUAAAACAGAAACAGUACCAAGUUUGGCUGAGAAAGCACUCGAACAUUUUGUCAACGAACAGGCCAUUUACGAGCAUUGCCAUAAACACAUUGAAAAUGGAAUCAACACUUACCAAGAGGGUUUUGAUAUGAGAAAUAAUAUUGAUUCUGCUAAUGAUGAAGAUAUGAAGAACGGUAAAGUCGAAAUUGCUAAAGCAGGCUCUUCAAAUGCAAAUGGUGAUACAGUGAGAGAAGAAGAAAGCAUGAACAAUAUGAAGAUGAAGUGGCUGGAGUCCCAGUGGUCAGAGGAAACCUGGACGAACACGGACACCGACGGCACGUCUGCCGUCUGCUUUGCGAUGGCCGUCAGAUGCGGGUACUUGAAACAGGUGCAAAAUAUGUUGGAGGAGCGGCCCGGUCUCAUCAACAUUGUCAACUCCAAUAAUGGAUAUACUCCGCUAGCUACUGCUGUCAGACAAGGAGAUAUAAACACGAUCCGCCUGCUUCUAUUGUCUGGUGCUGAUCUAGAGCAACCCUCGGCCGCAGGUCUGACCCCUCUCCACCUCGCUGUGCUCGCGGGGAACGUAGAGCUCACUGAACUGCUUAUUGAUAGAGGGGCUGAUUUUCAUGCUCGAGACUGGAACGGGAUGCGCAUAGAACACUACGCAGUCGACUCGUGUGAUCUAGGUAUGAUCAGAUAUGUCUUCGACAAAGGAGGUGAUGUCUCCGUUGAGGACAACAAUGGCUGGACCCCGCUUUUUAGAGCGUUAUGUCAAGGAGCCAAAUCAAGCGUCAUCGAAGAACUGGUGGCGCGCGGCAGUGAUGUCAAUCUGAAGGACAGAGCCGGACUACCGCUCGCCUCCGUCGCUAAAAUACUCAAGAACAGAUAUGGUCAAAAUCGAGAUUCCAUCUUGCGUCUCGUGGAUUGCAACUAUCCUCACGAGAAGGCGCAGGCGAACUUCACUAGACUCACAAAAAAAGUUUACAACAUCCACUCGAUGCUCAAGUUGCUUUGAACAAAGUUUCACAGGAAAGUUACUUAAAGGUGAAAGUGUGGAGUUUCUGAAGAAUCUUGACUUGAGUCAACUUUUAUAUUCCAUAAUCUCAUUGCCUAAGCGAUAAUUCCAUCGUGACUGUUCAAGGGGGACAGCUGAAGUUUACGAAGUAGCAAUAUAGACCUCUACUGUGAACAUGGACAAUUAAAACAACCCAGAAAAAGAGCUGACUACCUCUAAGCCUAUGUAUGUAUAUACUAAAGUAAAUAUGCUUGUAUUAUAUGUGAUUAUCAGGGAUAAUUAAAAUGAAAAUACAAUAAAUAUACCAAUGAAAUAAAA